AUGUCUCAACCUUUCUAUAGCUCCUUCGGAGGGUUCCCGAGCACGGACGGGCCUUGGAGGCGUAGACGUGUGUUCGGCCACGGAGCAGCAGCCCAUGAGGCAGAGAACGAGUAUUACAGUGAUUCCGAGCAGACUCCAGUGGACGAUUCGAUCAGUUCUGGCAGCCUCUGUCAGUACAAACCUUUCUACGCACGCAAAGACAAAGACGGAAAGACGCAGUGGACGACCAAAGAACCGGAGGAUGCUGCUGAGCCUGUGGAAGGGCGGUCAACUGCAAAAUAUGCAUUCCUUGUCAGACUGAGGAAGAGCUCCGACACCAGGAAGAAGUAUGACCUAGAUUCGGUUGUCGUGCAAAGUCAGCUGCUAAAGACGCAGCUCGGCGUGGCUCUUGCCGACUACCCAGGGGUCACAACAUCACUGGAGCGACUGGUGUUCAGCGCCCCUUUUCGACCAUUUGUUCAUCGAUGGGACCAUCUCACCACGCUGCUCGAAGAUUCUGAGGGCGAUGACCCCGCCUCCGCUGCGCACCUGAAGCUGUUUCUUGAUUUGUUGUAUACGGAGCUCAAGGAGGCUAUAGAUGUCAAGACCGACCUUGUCAGGAACGGGGUCAUCACUUUCGAACACUUGUGGACCAUCUGCGAGCCCGAGACAUUGAUCUUCGGUGAGCAAUAUGGUCAACAAUGCGUAUGGGAGCUCAAGCAUACUAGUAACUGCAAUAGCCAGGACGGAGUUCCAUACCUCUCGCUGGCGGUCUGGUCAGUCGACUUUGAUGGUUCACGCUUUGGUAAAUCCCAUGGCUACCUGGACAUUCACUACUUCGAAGGGACGGUGAAGAUCGAUGAGCUGGAGUACUUUCCCUUGGACUUCCACACUCAAAGGAACACCGUUGCGAGGGCUCUCAUCGCCCGCGGAAAGUCGUUCGCAGCUCUCGCAGGCUAUCAUUACAAAUGGUAUACUGGCGUUGCUCUGGCUGAAGGAAAAGCUCGUCGCAUGGUGCGGCACAAUGUGGAGUCGCGCAUCAUCAUCGACUGCAACGCUUAUAAUGGUUCUCUUCCAAACUACUCUGUCAGCGUCGGAAGCCUUGGCAAGGAGACCUCGCCUUUUUUUCUGGAAGACGAUGCCGACUCGGUAGAAUCUGAAGAGUCAUUCGAGGUCGUCCAAGGAGCGUUUGGCAGGCCUCUGACAGCGAAAGAAUACCUGCUAUGCGCCUCAUUUGUCCGAGGCUUCGCGCUGAGAGCAAAGCUCUGGCUGUGGCUCUUUGUAGACCAGAUAGCUGCCAUCCGCUUCAACGACAACGCCUUCGAUUCGCUUCAGCUUCCGGCGCACCAGAAGAGAUUGAUUAAUGCACUUGUGAAGACUCAGGCGCGAUGCAAGGACAACUUCGACGAUGUGAUUGCUGGGAAGGGACGUGGAAUGAUCAUGUUACUAGCAGGGCCACCGGGCGUGGGGAAGACCUUGACCGCAGAAAGUGUUGCCGACAAUCUGCGCGUUCCGCUCUAUGUCAUGAGUGCUGGCGACCUCGGCACAGACCCUAGUGCAAUCGAGGUAAAGCUAACGUUUAUUAUGGACAACGUCGCCAGGUGGAAUGCGGUACUAUUGCUCGAUGAAGCUGAUGUAUUCCUCGAAGCUCGCAGCGUUUCGGAUCUCGAACGCAACAAGCUCGUCUCGAUCUUCCUUCGAAUGCUUGAAUAUUACUCCGGCAUCCUCUUCUUAACGACUAAUCGCAUCAAGAACAUCGACGAUGCUUUUCACUCCCGGAUACACGUCACCGUCAACUAUCCGAAGCUGUCUGAAACGUCACGUAAACACAUCUGGGAGGCCUUCCUUGACAAACACAGCAGUGUCAGCAACAAUGAGAUCGAUGAGCUAUCAAAGCUGGACAUGAAUGGUCGCGUCAUCAAGAACAUUAUGAAGACAGCCCUGAUGGUAGCUCGAUCCGAACAAUCCGAGACCGACGACAGUCCAGCUAAGCUUGACAUUACUCACAUUCGCACUGUUCUGGCGAUCGAGCAGAGCUGA